UUUUGCCAGUGUGUACAUAUUUCCCGCAUAAAAAACCAAGCCGUACACAUAAAAAAUUGUAAACAAUUCGACAAAUUUGUAGAAAACUAGAAAAAUGGUUAAAAACGAGACAAAUUUUGUCGUGGAGCGCAUCAUGGACAAGCGCAUCACCAGUGAUGGCAAGGUGGAGUACUUCAUCAAGUGGCGCGGCUUCCCGUCGACGGAUAACACCUGGGAGCCGGAGGAGAACUGCGACUGCCCGACGAUGAUCCAGCGAUUCGAGGAGUCGCGGGCCAAGUCGAAGAAACGCGGCGAGAAGAAGCCAAAGUGCGAGGAGAUCCAGAAGCCGCGCGGAUACGAGCGCGGUCUGGAGCUGGCGGAGAUAGUGGGCGCCACGGAUGUCACCGGCGGCAUCAAGUACCUUGUGCGCUGGCAGUACUGCGAUGAGUUCGACCUGGUGCCCGGCAGCCAGCUAUCGGAAAAGGAUCCGCAGAUGCUGAUUGCAUACUACCAGAAGAUGGCACCGUACACGCGCCACAUAGCGAAGCGGAUGAAGGGGGUGCCGGAGGAGCUACGACUGGUGGCCUCGCGGACGAGUUAUCCGCCCGUUAGCAGCGUUCCCGUGGAAGUUCACCAAGAGGUGGGCCAAGAUCACGAUCAGACGGCUGAGCAGUACAGCCUGGCCAUGCCCGUCGACCAGGUGCCACAGCAUCACACGCCCAUGGAUCUCGCCGACGACACUGACCUGGGACCCGUGGGGGUUUCGUACUCUAUUCCGGUGCCCGGUGUCGGUCACAUCGGUAUUGAUGUGCCCCUGACGGAAACCCAAUAAGGACGCAAUCGGACUCAACCGUUCAAUAUUUACUCUUAGCCCCUAAGUUACUUUUACGUAAAGCUAUCGAAAACCAAUGGGCUCGUCCAGAUUAAUGUUGCCCAGCUGGCCGGUGCGAAAGAAGUGUAUAAACUUUCGCGCCGCCGCCAAUAAAUUGGUCAUCACCUCUA